AUGGAAAAUAUCGAUAUAGCCAUCGUAGGCACUGGUCCUGCGGGCCUCGUGGCUCUCAAGAACCUGAGAGAACAAGGCUUCAAUGCAAUCGCUUUCGAACGUCGUGAGUCGGUCAGAGGUCUAUGGGCAUACACUGAUAACACAGACUAUACUACAGCAUUGGAUGACACAUAUGUCAACGUCAGCAAGUUUGUGUCUGGCUUCAGUGACUUUCCAAUGCCAAAAGACUAUCCGCCUUUUCCGUCGCGUAGACAAAUGCAACAAUAUUUCGAAGCCUAUGCAACACAUUUUGAUCUCCACAGGCACAUCAGAUUCGGAGUCACUGUACACAAGGUCCUGCGGAACUCUUCAGAUUCUAGAUGGGACGUUUACUAUUCAAAUAUUGAUGGUCAGGCUGUUUUUUCAUUUCACAAAGUAGUAUUCUCGACUGGAUGUGAGACUGUACCGGUCUGGCCUCCCAUGCAGAGACGGAAAGAGUUCAAGGGCACGGUGAUUCAUGCUCAGCGAUAUCGAGACUACAGGAAGAACGGCUUUGAGGGCAAGAGGGUUAUGGUUGUCGGCAUUGGAAACACAGGUUGCGACAUUGCCCUGAAUCUUUGCAAACACGCAUCGGAAACCUAUUUGGCAUAUCGUCGUGGAAGAAUGUUGGUAUCUCGCUACGAAAAAGAUGGCGUGCCGACGGAUAGCGAGGUCCCUUGGCCAGUACUUCGACUCAAAUAUCUCAUGGAGUAUUACUUACCCAAUCUAUCCAAGUGGGCGACCGACAAGUUCAUGAUCAACAAGAUGAUCGGCGACGCUGCGAGGCACGAGCCGAGCGAUGACAGUAUUUCCGAAAGCCAAAGUCUUAGGAUUGCUGAAAGAAGGGUCCGAGGGGAAUGGCGUCUUGUUCCCUGUCCAAGCAUGGCUCACAGAAACCCUGCCGUCCAAGAAGACAUCGUUCCAGCGUUUCACAACAAAGACAUAAUUCCGGUACAAGGCUUUGUGGACUUUGCUGGGGAGCAUACUGUUUUGCUGGCAGACGGCACGACGGUCGAAGUCGAAGCGGUGAUCUUUGCUACAGGCUACCGACAUGAUUUCUCUAUUAUGCCGGAGCUUGAGAUGAAUGGCACGGCCGGAAUGAAAUCACGAACAGCCGAAAAGACAGAAAGGCAGCGAACCGAGGAAGACAAGACGCAACAGCCCGACCUUCCCCGGCUCUAUCAGAUGAUCUUUCCACCCAAGAGGGCUUCUUCGAUAGCUUUUCUGAGCUGGCUGGCUCCGCAAGAGAAUGUUUGGUGUGUCUGCGAACUUGCGUCAAUGGCAGUCGCUCAGUUAUGGACAGCAGACUUUAUUAUCAAACAGAAAGAUGAUGUACCGGCUUCAUACCAACCAUCCGCACAUCUACCUUCAGAGAAGGAGAUGGAAGCUGAGAUUGAUUCAUAUCAUGCCUGGUGGCGCAAAGAGUGGAAGAUUGAUCAUUCCAUAAUGGAAGGAUAUGUGAGAGGUCAUAGUUUCUAUCGCUUUCUUCAUGAGAUGGCUGGAACUGGUAUAUAUAGUUACUUGGACCACCCACUCUCCUUCAAGGGGUGGUGGCUUUGGUGGAGGGAUCAUAAUCUGUGGAGGUGGCUUGCCAAAGGCCCGAUGAAUUGUUAUUCGUUCCGGCUGUUCGAUACCAAUCCUGACGAUAUCCCUGGUCGUGGGCGGAAAACUUGGAGAGGUGCUAGGACAGCGAUCCAAGAAACUUAUGAGGAGUUGAAGAAACUCAGAGAGACGAAGGCAAAGAGUGACUGA